CCCUCCAACUAACCCUAACAUUAUACCCAACAUUGAAACUGCUCCAAACUCUUACUCUCCCCCUAACCCUCCAACUAACCCUAACAUUAUACCCAACAUUGAAACUGCUCCAAACUCUUACUCUCCCCCUAACCCUCCAACUAACCCUAACAUUAUACCCAACAUUGAAACUGCUCCAAACUCUUACUCUCUCCCUAACCCUAACAUUAUACCCAACAUUGAAACUGCUCCAAACUCUUACUCUCCCCCUAACCCUCCAACUAACCCUAACAUUAUACCCAACAUUGAAACUGCUCCAAACUCUUACUCUCCCCCUAACCCUCCAACUAACCCUAACAUUAUACCCAGCAUUGAAACUGCUCCAAACUCUUACUCUCCCCCUAACCCUAACAUUAUACCCAACAUUGAAACUGCUCCAAACUCUUACUCUCCCCCUAACCCUCCAACUAACCCUAACAUUAUACCCAACAUUGAAACUGCUCCAAACUCUUACUCUCCCCCUAACCCUCCAACUAACCCUAACAUUAUACCCAACAUUGAAACUGCUCCAAACUCUUACUCUCCCCCUAACCCUUCAACUAACCCUAACAUUAUACCCAACAUUAAAACUGCUCCAAACCCUCCAACUAACCCUAACACUUACACUCUGCCUAACAUUAAAACUGCUCCAUACUGUUACUCUCCCCCUAGCCCUCCAACUAACCCUAACACUUACACUCUGCCUAACAUUAAAACUGCUCCAAAAGCUUACUCUCCCCCUAACCCUCCAACUAACCCUAACACUUACACUCUGCCUAACAUUAAAACUGCCCCUAACAUUUACACUCUUCCUAAGCCUAACUCUCCCACCAACCCUAAGACUUAA